AUAUUUGAAUGGGGGGAGUGGGGGUGGUGGGGGACUGUGCUGCUGGGCACUGCGAUGUCUUCGGUUACCAAAGUGAAAACGGACUCCUGCAACCUUGAUCACAUGAUCAGGUGUGACAGAGAUACCUGCAGGCUAAAGGUUGGCUGAAAAGAUCUCCUGUUCCAGUCAUGCCACUUUUAUCAGUAGCCUAUGCUGGCUUGUUUCUCCGUUGGGAUGCAAAGGAUGGACUAAAACGUACUUCCAAUGGAUUGCCCGGUUUUAUUUAGAGAUCCCUGUCUCUCACUCCAUAUUCUUCAAAUAUUUUGACAAUCUUUCAAUUUUCUUUACCAGAACGAAAAUAUCCAUCUAUUUUUUUUUUUUUUAUAUAAUACAAUGACUAUAAAACAUCUACGUGUGGAAUGUGACCAGAAGAAUGGGACAACGGGAGCGUUUUCUCCAGGGGAUAUACUCUUUGGAAGAGUCAUGGUGAUGGCCGAUAAGGAGACCAAGGUGCAAUGUUUAAUUGUCAAAGCAAAAGGAAAAGUGGAGGUGAAGUGGCCUGAGCAGCAGGGGAACGGUCCUCCAGGGGUCAUCAGUGACAAGAAGAGAUACUUUUAUUUUGAAAAGAUCCUUCUUCAGGACAAAAAAGCAGAUGGUUCUGUUAUCAUCGGACAAGGCGAAAAUUCCUAUUCAUUCAGCUUUGAUAUUCCAAAUAGAGAUAUGCCUUCGUCUUAUGAGGGGAAAUGGGGGAGCAUUACAUAUAGUCUGCACACAAAACUGACCCAGACAGCUUGGCAAGUAUACAAAGCCAAGACUCAGUUUCCAGUUUUAACAAAGAAUGAAUUCCCCUUCGGCUCAAAGUCAGAGAUGAUUAUCAUAGGACUAAAGGAGCCACAGUGUGCCACCAGGAUUUCAUUCUGUGGCUCUGGAAAAGUCACUGUUAAUGUUUCGACUGAAAACAUGGGUCUGACACAAAGUGAAUCCAUGGAAGUGAGAGCGGAGGUCCUCAACGACUCUGCGUUCGCCGUGACCCCCAGGUUUUACGUGUGCGAGAAGCAGACGUUUGUCACGCGUUCCCAGAGGACGGUGGUGCACGUCAGUCACGUCGAGUUUGGGACCGGGGGUUGCGCUGUCCCUGCGGCUAGCGCCACGACAAUAGCGAGGGUGCUGACCGCCCCGCCACAACUCCACCCCACCUUCUUCAACUGCUCCAUGAUGAGACUUGAGUACCGGCUGAAGGUCAUGCUUGAGUUUGCGCAGGCAAGAAACGCUGAGAUCAAGCUUCCUUUGAUCAUCCUGCGAGGUUACACAAGACCACUGGAGCAGAAAACCAAGAAAUCACAACGCUUCAAGUCACUUCCUGGUCGAAGUCCACUUCCUUCCUGUAUAAACUGAGCUGCUUAGAUGAAUAGAAUGUUUGUUGUUUAAUAUUGACUCAAAUAGUUUUCAUUCUUUCUAUUUGUGUGUGUUUGUGCGUGUCUGUUGUGUGUGUGUGUGUGUGUGUGUGUUUGUCCUUUUGUGUGUGUGUGUGUGUGUGUGUGUGUGUGUGUGUGUGUGUGUGUGUGUUUGUCCUUUUGUGUGUGUGUGUGUGUGUGUGUGUGUGUGUGUGUGUGUCGGUGUCGGUUUAUGUAUGUGUUUAUGUGUGUGUGUAUGUGUCGUGUGUCUCUCGACACAACUUUCAAUUGUUUUCCUGCAUUGUGCCCAUUCAUUCACUAGAGGGAGACAUUUGCCACAUUUUAGAGUUGUAAGGUAGGACGUAAGUAAACUCACUGAGUUGUCUCGAUGUCCGCUAUUUUGACAAUAUUGUCAUCAAUCUUGGCCAAAAAUCUAGUGUGUGGUAGAAUAUCCUCCAUAACCCUUUGAAGUAAUACGGUGUGUCAUGUCUAGGACAGACAAAAACGAACUAUUCAUGUGACAUUCAUGCAAUUAAAUAUAAAAUGAUAAAACAGUUUUGAAAUAUAAGAUUGGAUUCCCGUUUCCUAAGCCUACUAGAAGGAUACUCUGGUACCAUCAGUCUACAAGAUUAACCAACCUAAGCUUCCAACUACCUAUCCCAUGCACAUACACGUACACGUACACGCACGCACACAAAUACCCAGAUGGUGUGUUUUGCGAUCCCCUAUGCCACAGGCUGGCCGUGGACAUCUGGGAUUGAACCCAGAAGGCCUCUACCUCUCAGCUGUGCUUCUGAGGUAUAGAGGGACACUCAUAAAACCCUUCUGGUUGUGACUCAGUCAGCAGUGGUGUCUUUCGCCUAAAUGAACUUGCGAUAAGCCUAUCAAUAACUUUGGUAAGACCUUUGCAACAACAACAAUAGAAGAAUGAGAUCAGUAGUUUAGUUUAGGACUGCAAUGUAAGCACCAAAAUACCUGCAUUGACUGUUCUGAGGGGCAACAUGUGCGUCUUACUUGGUUGGACCAUUGGUUAUAUACUUCAUACAGGGGCUUAACCCUUUUCCUUGUCUUUAUCUGUGUGACACUCUCCCGUUUGGCUUUGCGUGUCGAGGCUUUGACUUUCGGUAUUCCGGUCUCUCCCUCUGGCCUGAACCGCAUGACAUGAACUGCAUUUGAAUGUGAGACAAGGAGCGGAGUGGUAAGCGAGUAUUAAAUGAGAGCCAUUUCUCUUUUGAAUCAGUGCAAUGUUAAUAGCCUUAACCUGCGCAGAGUAGGCCUACAUUUACUAGAAUAGAAUAGAAUAUAAUCAAAUAGAACGGAAAAGAGAGUAGUUUGGUUGUGUUUUCGGGUUUGGUGGAGCCAGUCCACCUGCAGUAAAGACCAGACCGGUAGUCAUGGCUCCUAUCCGGCAUGGCGGUGGAUCUGGGUUGGAAACCCUGC